GAUGCAUAUCGUUUUUGGCAUGAGCUUUUCUUGAAGCACCCAGUAAACUUUAGGAUGGACGUGCAAGAUUGUGUUAUGUUUGAUUGCGGAAUAUGUCACCUUACUAUUCUAUUUCGGACCUGUUGGUAUAUGACUUGAUGCUACUAUGUACACGUAUCCAGGAAAACUAAAAGAUAGAACAGUAAAUACAAUCAACAGUCGCAUUUAUUUAGACUUGCUCCUCUCAUGAAAACAACAUCCACUCGGAACAAUUUUAUCACUUUCUCUAAACGGAAACUCAAGUAUUUGAAAUCCUAUUAUUUUGACUCCUCGGUUGCCUUUCAAACCAAGGUUGUAGCCCUCAUACCAUUUUAGUUCAACAGGAGCUAACACCUAGGCCAUUUCUUCGUUCCCACAGCUUUUAUAUUCACAAUUGAUUUUCUUUUCAACUUUCAUCGAUACCGUUUUCAUACAUUAUACCAAUAUUCAUACCUAUUUGUUACUACAACAAUAACAAUCCACUCCACGAUGCCUACAGGAAAACCGUGGAAAGCCACCGUUAAGUGGUAUAAAGGCAAAUAUUCAUCAUUUUUCGUCCCUUAUUACUGCGCAAUACCUAUUCUCGCCGCUCACAUCUACAUGGAUCCAAAUUGGCGCUAUAAAAAUAGCAGUUUUAACCAACUGAUCAGAAUCCUCACGCCAAUGUUACUAAUCUACACAUUGAUUUGGUUUCUUCUAGGUCCAUAUAUGGCACUAAAACGAGAAAUCGCAUAUAUCAAAAGAUUUAACAAAUAUAGCUCCUCACACUCGGAAUAUUAUGCUCAGCUAAUUGCACGUCUUAAUCGUAUGAACGCUCUAUCCUACGAUCUUAUAUUUUUUGCAGAUCCUAGCGAUAGAGUUAUGGAAAUGAGGGUUUUGUUGAAGGAAUUUCAUAUUUUUAUGGAUAUGGCGCGGCGGUAUCGGAGGAAUCGCACGGAACGGUUUUGGGAAUGUAAUUAUUAUUGGAGGGAGUAUUUAGGAUGGAGAGAGGGAGAUUUUCCAGGGAAGGAAGAGGAGGAGGAGAGGAAUUUGGAGAUGAAUGAGAAGCAACGAAAAAUCAUCGAGACACAUAAACUUGCCCUGACGCUCUUUGCUGAAAAAUCUAUGAGCGAUGAGCAAAGGGAUAUCGAGCUUCAUAAUAUAGAUUGGCUCCAUCUGGAGUUUCAGUCCAUAAUCCAUAGGAGGGUUAUGGAAUGGGAUGACAAAAUCCUUGAUGAAAAGUUCAUGGCUAUUCUGAGAAGACACUAUGAGUUCUACUUACGACUGGUUCCCAAGACCGAGGAGGACCAGCUGGAGGUAUUAGACAAGGCUGUGCUAGAAAAAAGGAGUAGAGGAAUCCGGGAAGAGGAUAUACGACGAAAUAAAUGGUCAGCGCGGAGGCUAAACAACCUCAAAUCUGGGUACUCUACAUCGGCAAUAUCCGUAUCAAAGGUGACCAAACGGAUGCAAGCCAAAUACGGAAAGCAGGAACUCCGCCGGCAAGAAAAGAAACGGCUAGAAGAAAACUACAAAGCCAAAAAACAAGAACAAACCAUCACUCGACUGAGAGAAAUAGAAACCCAAAAAACCACAACCGGCCUCCAUCUCUGGGAAAGAGCAGAAGUAAAUCUUCCUAUGGCGAACAUCCACACCGCGAAACUCUUCGACGUAAAAGUUAUGGUGGAUGCAGGGCCCAGGGUCCACGCUCUUUUCCCCUAUGCUCAUCCGGGGAAAAUACUGAAAAUUAGAUAUAAUAGGGAUAUUAUCGAAUAUAGAGAUAUGUGGGAUAUUUUCCAUACACCUCGGAUUUGGCACGAGGUGGCUGAUACGUGGAAUGAGAGGAAAUAUGGAUUGAUUGAGGAUAGUUAUCUUUGGGGUUUUGAAUAUAGGUUAGGGAUGCAGCUGGAAGAGUGUGGGUUGAUGAUUAUGGGGUUUUCGGAGUUUUGGGUCGCCAUGGUUAUGAGGUUUGUGGGUGGGAGGAAGGAUGUUGCUGUCGGAUCGAUGGGCAUCGGCGGAUCAUAAACUUUAAAGCUGGACUGAUAUAGGUGACUGGAAUAUAGGAAAAGAGUCGGAUGUUUUAACGGUUGUAGAUUAUUCUUUUUCGCAAAACCCAAACACUUACUUGUCUUCCUGGUGCCGGGGUCCGUAUUCUGGGCAGGAUUAGUGAGCGUAGGAGGUGACUCUGGAUAUAUAGAGCGGUAUUAUAGAUACUUUUGUUUCUGAAAACCAAUUCACAAUGAUUAGAUAUUAAGCAAUUGAAUUUUACAGCUGAAGCUGUUAAGUGAAUGUCCCAGCAUUUCGUGACACCUGCUGAAAUAUAACCUUACAAUCAUUUACCGAGCUUCCGUCCACGUUCAAGAAUAAUCAUCACCUUGACUCGAUACUUCAUGUACCUUUCACUUUACCUUCCAUAAUCAUGAGGCUUACAUACCCUCAGAUCGCUAAUUCGCACCAAGAUUCACGGCAUAGAGCUAAUAAGGCAGAAAAAUUCGGUCGUCCGCGAACCUCGAUUUCAAUAAGAUCGAAUUGAAUCACUCGAGUAUUCAUAUGGAGACACCUCAUAAAAGGUACGGUUCAUUG